CCGGGAAAGCGGAACCUGGGAAAGUUCCCUGAGCUCCGUCCCGGGGCCCCCCUCUUUCACCUGGUCUGGGGUCGGGGCCUCCCCGAGGGCAGGGGCGUGGCUGCGCCUGGCUGCGACCCCUGUGGAUCCUGGUGUGGUCAGGGCGGGUGUCGGGGGAGAUCGCGUGGAGCUGGGGGAUGAGCCUCCAGGCUCAGCUCAGCUCACCACGCAGGAGCUGGGAAGCGGGGGUGCGGAGAAUGACGCCCCGCGAUCCUCUCUGGUGAAGUACUCUUUGGGGUGGGAGGGGGCUGUGAUGCCUCAGAACACUAGGACCCUAGGACCGCGGGACCCUGGGAGCGCGCACCUUCAGGGUCCAGGAGAUGGGCCACCUGUGGGAUGGGGGCGUCGCAGAAUGUUGGUGCCAUAGCUCAGGGCGCCUUGGCCAUAGGUGAUGCCGCAGAGAGCAGUGCAUUGGGAAUUUCUGAGGGUACCGAAGACCCUCGAGAGAGAACUAGGGGUGGAUCCCAACGGCAGCCUGGACCCUGCGCCUACCCCAGCGCCUUUUCCAAGAAUGAGCGCACGGGUUUCACAGCCCUCUGGCUCCCAGAGUUUGGCCAACACCACAGCACUUUUGAGAGUGUGCAGGCCUGCAAAGAUCAUCGUGAGGGACAUUCCAGAUCUUGUUUUUAUUAAAUUCACUGACGGGAUAAAAUAUUUCAAAAUUCAUUGUCCUUAAGAUAUGACAGAAUCUAACUGGUUCUCUAUUGUUGGCCAUUUAAAGAUUAUCUCUGUAGCAUAUGAAGUGCUUCACUAGUCAUCUUUCUGCAAAACGUUUCUUAUCAGUACAUGCUCACUGUCAUGGACGCUCUAUCAGAAGCAAAUGGCACCUUUGCAUUAAACCUUUUGAAAAAGCUAGGGGAAAACAACUCAAACAACAUAUUUUUUUCACCCAUGAGCAUGUCGUCAGCCUUGGCCAUGGUUUUCAUGGGAGCGAAGGGAAAUACUGCAGCCCAGAUGUCUCAGGCACUCUCUUUUAGUAAAAUUGGAGGUGAAGAUGGAGCUAUUCACCAAGGUUUUCAGUCACUUCUUGCUGAAAUUAACAGAGCUGGUACUCAGUACUUGCUUAAAACUGCUAACAGGCUCUUCGGAGAAAAGUCUUAUGACUUCCACACAUGUUUUACAGAUUCCUGUGGCAAAUUCUACCAAGCAAAGCUAAAGCAGCUUGAUUUCCUGAAUGAUUCAGAGAAGUCCAGAACACACAUAAAUAACUGGAUUGCUGAAAAAACUGAAGGUAAAAUUACAGAGAUGCUCUCUCCAGAUUCAGUUGAUUCAUUGACUAAGCUGAUUCUCGUGAAUGCCAUCUACUUCAAAGGAAACUGGGAAAGUCAGUUUGUGAAAGAGUUGACCAGGGAAAUGCCUUUUAAAAUUAGCAAGAACAAAGAAAAACCUGUGCAAAUGAUGUUUAAGGAAUCCAUCUUUAAAAUGACCUAUGUAAGGAAAAUAUCCAGCCAAAUUCUAGUGCUUCCCUAUGUUGGAAAGGAACUGAAUAUGAUCAUUUUGCUUCCCAAUGAAGACACUGAUUUGAAAAUGGUGGAGAAAAAACUUUCUUAUGAGAGAUUCAUAGAAUGGACAAACCCAGACAAGAUGCAUGAACGAGAGAUGGAAGUUUUCCUUCCUAGAUUUAAACUAGAGGAAACUUACAACAUGGAGGACGUCCUUCGCAGUAUGGGCGUGGUCGAUGCCUUUGAACAGGACAGGGCAGACUUCUCAGGAAUGUCAUCUAAGAAGGAUCUGUACUUGUCCAAGGUCAUACACAAGUCCUAUGUGGAGGUCAAUGAGGAAGGUACAGAAGCAGCAGCAGCUACCACCGAAGAAAUAGUUUUAUGUUGUGCCAGUUACUCCCUCAGGUUCUGUGCAGACCAUCCCUUCCUUUUCUUCAUCCAGCACAGCAAAACCAAUGGUAUUCUCUUCUGUGGCCGGUUUUCGUCUCCAUAAGGACAUAGGUAGUCAUUGGAUAUAGUCCUUCUCUUUUCUCUUAGUGACCUACAUUUCCUCCACUCUUUAUAGUGUGCCUGUGACCCAAAGUGACUUUAUUAUUGCAGCAGUCAAAAAUGAGAUGUUAGGAAUCUAAUUUUGAAAUUCCUUGUUGAGAACCCUUGUGUGUGUGUUUGCAUGUUAAAUGUUUUCUAGAGUCUGAA